CCGCACCUCCGCCUAGGCACCUUCACCUUGUUUCUUUCCCUUUCUCCGUUUGCAGGUGGUUCACAGGAAUCGUACUCGCUAAGGCCCACGCAAAUCGGCCGUUCACUCCUCCAUAUACCCUCCGCCCGCACCCACAGCCGCUCCACUUAACGCCUACGCUCAUACUCGCGCCUUCUACCAUAUCAGCUUCUAAUCAAGCACGCCCGCGCCUGCUGCUGUAUUCGAAGCUUCCGGGUCCCGAAACCGAAUAUAAAGUUCCUCACGCGCAAGAAGUCGCUCUCGAAAAGUGUCCCAGAGCACGCGACGACACGUCCCAUCAUGGCUUCCACUAUGCCGCCUGUCCCCGCCAAGGACGAUGUUAAUGCGACUUGGAAAUACCUCGAGGCCGGUGUCGAUAAGAUCAUGACCAACCUCCGCGGGGGUAUGGAUAUGAAGACGUACAUGGGCCUGUACACAGCGAUCCACAACUUCUGUACUGCGCAAAAGGCCGUCGCAGGCUCGUCGUUUCACGCUGCCAACAACCGCGGAGGCGCCCACCUACUCGGCGAAGACCUCUACCAGCACCUGAUUGAAUACCUAAAGGCACAUUUGGCGGAUGUACAGACAGAGUCGAAACAACAUGUAGAUGAGGCGCUUCUCACAUUCUACAUCAAAGAGUGGAAUCGCUAUACGACGGCUGGGCAAUACAACAACCAUUUGUUCCGGUAUCUCAACCGACAUUGGGUGAAGCGUGAGAUGGACGAGGGCAAGAAGCACAUCUAUGACAUUUAUACCCUGCACCUUGUCCGAUGGAAGGAGGACUUGUUCACGGGUACGCAAGAAAGCGUCAUGCGCUCGGUACUCAAGCUUGUCGAGAAGCAGCGGAACGGAGAGACGAUCGAGCAGUCACACAUCAAGUCCAUUGUUGAUUCAUUUGUAUCACUGGGUCUAGAUGAGGCCGACAGCUCCAAGUCGACGCUGGACGUGUAUAAGGAGCACUUCGAGAACCCCUUUCUCGCUGCCACUGCACAGUACUACGACAACGAGUCGAAGCAGUUCCUGGCCGAGAACAGCGUCGUAGAGUAUAUGAAGAAGGCCGAGGCUCGCCUCGAGGAGGAAAAAGAGCGUGUUCCCUUGUAUCUGCUCAAUGAGAUCAUGUCUCCGCUGAUGCGCACAUGCGAGCAGUCUUUAAUUACGAACCAUUCGCAGGCUCUUCGCGAAGAGUUCCAGAUCCUUCUCAAUAACGAUCAGCAAGACGACCUUGGUCGGAUGUACAAGCUGCUUGCCCGCAUACCAGAAGGCCUUGAUCCUCUGCGCACCCAGUUUGAGACUCACGUACGUAAGGCGGGCUUGAAUGCCGUCGACAAGCUUGCUCAAGAGGGCGAUAGUCUGGAGCCGAAGACCUACGUCGAGGCUUUACUCGAGGUGCAUACGAAGUAUCAGGACCUUGUCAACAAAGCCUUCAAUGGCGAGUCGGAAUUCGUACGAUCACUCGAUAAUGCCUGCCGCGAGUUCGUCAAUCGGAACAAGAUCUGCAAGUCAGGCUCGAACAAGUCGCCCGAGCUGCUCGCCAAGUAUACCGAUACCUUACUGAAGCGUUCGAGUGCGAAGAUGAGUGAGGAGGAUGACAUGGAGAAGCUGCUCACGCAAAUCAUGACGGUCUUCAAGUACAUUGAAGACAAGGACGUUUUCCAGAAGUUUUACUCGCGCAUGUUGGCCAAGCGUUUGGUUCAGACAACGUCUGCGUCUGAUGAUGCCGAGACAAGCAUGAUUUCGAAGCUGAAGGAAGCCUGCGGUUUCGAGUAUACGAACAAGCUCCAGCGCAUGUUCCAAGACAUGCAGAUUUCCAAAGACCUCAACACUGCUUACAAAGAGUGGCAAUCGAACAACUUGGAUGAGGCGGAUCUCAAGACCAAUGUUGACGCCUCAUACCACAUUCUUGGUACCGGCUUUUGGCCGCUGAACCCACCGACCACCCCAUUUACGCCACCUCAACUGAUCGUUCAGACUUAUGAUCGUUUCGCUAGGUUCUACAAUCAUAAGCAUCAGGGCCGCAAGCUGACUUGGUUAUGGCAACUUUGCAAGGGCGAAGUCAAGGCCAAUUACUGCAAGGUCGCACAGUUGAAGACCUCGCCGACCUUCCAAGUUUCUACUUACCAGAUGGCCAUCAUGUUGCUAUUCAACGACAGCGAUACGGUGAGCUACGAUGAAAUGGCGGAGGCCACCAAACUGAACAAGGAGACUCUUGACCCCAGUCUUGGUGUCUUUAUCAAGGCCAAGGUCUUGCUCGCACAGCCAGAGGGUGCCAAGCCUGAGUCGGGCACGACUUACAAGCUCAACACUGGCUUCAAGACCAAGAAGGUCAAGAUGAACUUGAACAUCGGUAUCAAGUCAGAACAGAAGGCAGAGGCAGAAGAUACACACAAGACUAUUGAGGAGGACCGCAAGCUACUUAUGCAGUCGGCCAUUGUGCGUAUCAUGAAGUCCCGCAAGAAGAUGAAGCAUCAGCAGCUCGUCUCAGAGACUAUCCAGCAGAUUAAGAACCGCUUCAUGCCGCGCAUUCCCGAUAUCAAGAAGUGCAUAGACAUUCUACUCGAGAAGGAGUACUUGGAACGCCUAGAGGGUGACGAGCUUGGCUACCUAGCAUAAGCGGUCAUGUCAGCCUAGCAGAGGCUAAAUAGUAUGUUUGGAGGACCAUGUCUCCGGGACCUACUAGGUGUCAUCAUUCCGGCCGCCAUCGGCCAACGAAGUGUAUUCACGAACACGCAUCUUGAGUAACGAGUUAUUGGGGUUAUUGAGUUUUUCCUUUCACAGUCAUCGCCUUUGGGCGGGACUUCUGGCGUUUCAUGGCAGCGAUGGUAGUAACCCAUAGGAUGGUGUGGACGAAUUCACGGCAUUUUAACGCUACUCAUGCGUUUUUUCUCUUCCGUAAUAGAUGGAUGGGCUAAAGGCUGGAGAAGAAACCGUAAGGUACGAAUGACAGCCUAUAACUCAAGCAAUUAGUUGAGGCAGAAUGUUCACCUAUUCCUCC